AUGCCUAUUACGCAACGUGUUGAAGACGGCCCAUACGGUGGUAAAGGAGGCAGCUACUACGACGCCGAACAUGGCCACCACAAAAUCAAGAGAAUUGACGCCUGGGGACGCAGCUAUGAUGGCUUUAAUGUCGUCAAUGGAUUCCAAUUCACCUGGGAUGAUGGCUAUACAGGCCCGCUUGUUGGCGAAAAGAACGACAAUAUCUACAGACCAUUUGAGUUCGAAGAUAAUGAAAAAAUAACUUCCAUGACCAUCCGCGCGGGGGACAAUGAAGGCUAUGUCGACGCAAUUGAGUUCGACACAAACAAGUCCCACCACUAUGAGGUUGGUGGAAAGGGAGGUAAACCGAACGUGAUUGAAGGAGAGCGACUUGGAAAUGGAGAGUGGAUUGGAGCUGAAGGCAAGGAUGGCGCAGUUGUGGAUAGCAUCGAGGUAUUUUUCAACGAGUACUGA